UCUUUCUUCCCCCUUGUCUUCCUUCCGCCUCCCAAACAAGAGUAUUCUUUUCCUUUUCUUGUCUUCCUUACCUCCACAUAUUUUCCACUCUCCCAAACAAAGUGGAGCAGACCAGACCAAAGGCUCCGUCAUUCCCUUUUGCGGCUAUCCUAUCCUAAACUUGACAUUCUAUCCCUUCACUCGCCGGAUAAAAUGGAGGAUUCCCUUCGCAGUUCCGGCAACUUGUCCCGCAAGGUCAUCUCCGUGGCCGCCGGCGAAGCUCACACUCUUGCCCUAACAGGAGAUGGGUACGUGUAUUCGUGGGGAAGAGGAAUGUUUGGGCGACUCGGGACCGGUUCGGAAUCGGAUGAGCUUUCCCCAGUUCGAGUCAAGUGUGAAACUUGCAAUGAAUCUGAAGAGAAAAGGCUCAAGUUUGUGGGAAUUGCUGCUGGUGCUUAUCACAGUAUGGCUCUUGCAGAUGAUGGAUCAGUUUGGUGCUGGGGUUAUAACACCUGUAUCCUUCAUCCCAGGAGUUUUGUGUGUGUGUGUGUGUGUGUGUGUGUGUGUGUGUGUGUGUGUAUUCUAUGCCAUUUCAUAAUUUUGUUAUCUAUGGCAACGCGCUCAUUAAUUUGUUUGUAACUGUGUUUCCUCUGCAACCUUAACCUUUGCAUGGAUGGCCAACUUGGUAUGAAUGGAGAGAAUGCUGUGGUGCCUCACUUGAUGGAGCAGUUUCUAAGUCCAAGCAGUUUUGAUUCUGUAACAAAUGAGUCGGAAACAAAGAGGAAAGUGCCAUUAAAGGUUUGUUCUGUUAAAGCUGGAGGAAUGAUGUCUCUGGCAAUUGACAAUCUUGGGAUGCUAUGGAUGUGGGGCAAUUGCCCACAGCAAAGCGGCAGUUGCGAGAGUGGUUUCUCCCUAGUGAGCAGUUUCACUCCAAUUCCUGUUUGGGAUUUCCAUGGCCAUGCUGUUGUGAAAGUGGCAUGUGGAAAUGAACAUGUUGUAGCGUUGGUUAGUGUUGGAGAAACACAUAAAGGUGAACAUCUAGUAUGCUACACUUGGGGAAAAAAUGACCAUGGCCAGUUGGGUUUGGGCGAUAAAGAGAACAGAAUUCAUCCUGAAAUUGUUGAAACAUUUAACCAGGACUCUCCCUGGGCUGUUUAUGAGGUGGCAUGUGGUGCAUUUCAUACUGCUUUGCUCACUCGCAAAAAGAGACCCAAUGACAAAUUAGAAAAUACAUGCUGGACAUUUGGCCUGGGUGAAAAUGGACAGCUUGGUCAUGGAACCACUCAAAGUGCAUUGAAACCUGAACGUGUAAAUGAAUUGCCCCAGGAUGCAUACCUGAUCUCUGUUGAUUGUGGUUUAUUUCAUACUAGUGUUGUUUCAUCAGCUGGAGAUUUGUGGUCAUGGGGAAUGGUGAAAGGGCUUGGCCUCUGCCCAGAUGCUACUUUUACCGGAACAGAUGCAGGGGAUGCUAUGUCACCCCUGCGAAUAAGAGGGCUGCAAGAACCUAGAUUUCAUGAUCCAAUUCAAAUUGUUUGUGGGGCAGCCCAUACUGUUCUUGUUGCAAGUGAUGGAUAUAAGCUUUGGUCCUGGGGAAGGGGAAGAAGUGGGGUCCUUGGAACUGGGAAGACGAUUGAUUUUGUUGCUCCCACUGUUGUGCUGUGGCCUCCAUUAACAGAUGAUUUCAAAGACCGAGAAUUGAACAAAGAUACUGAGGAUAAUCUCGAAAACAAGGGAUCUGAAGAAGCUGCAGGAACGGAAAAAAGAUUGUCUUUGGCAAUGGAGGAAAUGAAGCUCCUCCAAUCAAAACUUUCUAUAAUGGAAAAAUAUGCUGGCAUACUUCAUAGUUCAAUUUUUGGUAAACCUUUUACAGAGGAAGAUAUUCCAAACUCGUUGAGAAACUCAGAUACUUUUGACAUUGCCAAAGAAUGGGAGGACAUGUUAGAAUCAGCAGAUCGCAGUAAGCUUAUUAGGUUGGAACUUUUCUACCGAAACAUGCUUGCAGGUGUCAAAGAUAAGCAGAUGAAAAGAAGGAUCCAAGAGAUCAUAAAGGAGUUUAUCCCUUCUUCAACCACCGAAAAUUAGUGCAAUAAGAAGUGGAAUGGUUUUUUGUAUAAAAUGGAUGAAUCAUCUGCUACACCUUAUCAUUAUGCUGUGUUUCAUCUGAAUCUUGUUCCUGUGUGAUCCCAGAAGAUUGACUAGUUCUUGUAACAACGUAAUAUAUACCUAUACCCAUGGAAAGGUGCACUAGAACAAUGGAAGCUGCUUCACGAAAGGCAAUAAUUAAUUCCCUUGUAUGUAUUCUAAUGGAGGAAAGGAAUAUAUGUGCGUCAGCAUUGUUAUUGCAGAAGCAAUAGUUUGCAAAGUCAAACUUUGUUCCUUACCCAGCAGGUAAGAAUUACAUGAUUUUGAAAGUUCCAUCAAUUAAAAAGAA